AUGUGCCAUUCAUCUAACUGUGGAGGACAUUUCUCUAGACGAAAAACAGCUGCAAAAAUUUUUCAAUGUGGUUUUUAUUGGCCUACAAUCAUUAGAGAUUCUAUAGAAUUUAGUAGAACAUGUAUUUCAUGCCAAUUUAUAAGUAAUAUGAGUAAAAAAGAUGAAAUGCCCAUGAGUAAUAUAUUAGUAGUCGAAAUUUUUGAUGUAUGGGGAAUAGAUUUCAAGGGUCCCUUCCCAUCAGCUGAAAAAUAUGAAUAUAUUUUGCUUGGUGUUGAUUAUGUGUCGAAGUGGGUGAAAGCUAUUCUUACUAGAACUAAUGAUCACAAAAUCGUGAUGAAAUUUGUGCAGGAAAAUAUUUUUUCGAGAUUUGGAUGUCCUAGAGUGAUUAUUAGUGAUGGAGGAACACAUUUUACAAAUAAAUAUUUCAAAGAACUAUUGAAAAAGAAUAGAGUAUACCAUAGAGUAGCCACUUCAUAUCAUCCCCAAACAAAUGGGCAAGCUGAAGUAGCAAAUAGGGAAAUUCAGAGAAUUUUGAGAAAAAUAGUUAGACCAAAUAUGAAAGAUUGGCCCACGAAAUUACAAGAUGCAUUAUGA